CCAAGCUAGCUCCCUAGUCCCUAUAUAAAAACCACACUUUUCUCUCACACACAUUAACAGUCGAAAGAAGCAGAAAAAUGGCUAAACGUCUCAAGUUCCGAAUUUCACGAGUGAUCCCAUCCUUCCAAUCCUGCUGUUCCAAAGACCCCUCCACUCUCCCAGCUAAUCCUGUCCCUUCAAUAUUCUUCCGCCCUUCUCCACUCAUCAACCUCCAAACCCAACAAACCCCCAAACCCCAUCACUCUUCCCUGAGGCGCCACGUGUCAUCCGCUCUCAUAUCCGUCGGCUGCGGCCUCAGAUCCAAGCCCACUCUCUCUGAUGACGACCGCACCGAAUCAACCCUCGAGUUCCACUGGGAAAAAGAAGACGAGUGGCAUGUCGUCGCCAAGGUUUACGACGACACCCCUCGCCGUAACAAAAUCUACAACUCCUCUGUCUCCGGCGAAUCAGACUCCGACGACGACGACGUUUUGUCUCUUCCGCCACCACCACCUCCUCCUCCUCCAACAGCGGAAAAGAAAAAACGACGUGCCAAAAAGAAGAAAACGACAACCAAAGUCCGUGUCAGCACUUCUAGCGUAGAUAGCGGGUUGUUCAGCAGCGACGGUUACGAUGACGAAGAAACCGAGACCUUAGUUUCAUCUUCUAGAAGCUUCUCCACCGAUUCCUCGUCCGAGUUCAACCCCAACUUGGAAACCAUACGCGAGAUGCCACCAAUGCUGAGGCGAAAAUCCACCAAGAGGUCUAAGAAGCGGUGCGUCUCGAAGAGGAAGCUGGUGCUUUCGUCGCCGGAGAGCGAGUCUCCGGCGAGGCUCUCGAUGUUCCAGAGGCUCAUACCGUGCACGGUGGAAGGGAAAGUGAGAGAGAGCUUCGCGGUGGUGAAGAAGUCGGAGGAUCCGUACGAGGACUUCAAGAGGUCGAUGAUGGAGAUGAUAUUGGAGAAGCAGAUGUUUGAUGAGAAAGAUUUGGAGCAGCUGUUGCAUUGUUUUCUGUCUUUGAAUGAUAGGGAACACCAUGGGGUUAUCGUUCAGGCUUUCUCUGAGAUUUGGGAGGCUUUGUUUUGUAGGAGAACAUCGACUAGAACUAGUCAACGUGUUUCUACUUCGUAGGGCUCUUUGAAUCAUUUUCAGAAUAAUAAAGAUAAUGCUAAGAUAACAAAUCGUCUUGUUUUACUUUUUUUCUAGUUAUAAAUAUUUUUCUAGAAAUUAGUCCCAUUAUCUUAGCCAUAAAUGUAGCCCUUGGGGUGUUUAUGCAUCUUUAUAUAUCUUCUAAUCUAGCUCCUAUGGUGGACAUAUCAUUUCUCCUUGAUGUAACCAUUAGCA